AGGAAACAUGUCCCACCUUGACAUGUUAUAUGUAUUUUUUUUCUGACUAUUUGAUGAUGCAAAUAAGUGAUGCAAAGAACCAAAAGGAGCAGGAGUGUUGAGUGAAAAAAUUGAUCUACAGUAGAGUGAAAUAUUGGGACAAAUUUAAUAGAAUGGGCAUGGUGACACUUUUUGGUCUUGAUUCCAGCAUGGGACUCUGGACCAGAAUAUCUCCCACAUCUGCCAGCUCUGUCAUGAUAUUCUUUCUCGUGAAACAGUAUUUUCACUCCCAGGCCAAAGGAUCUCUGCUGGAAAAAACCACUACUGAAUGGAAUAAAUAUAAACAGGAAUGCUUGAAAAUGCUACAGGAAUCAACUAUAGAUACUGGAAUACAUUGCAAUGGGACAUUUGAUCAGUUUGUUUGCUGGCCUUACUCACCCCCAGGAAACGUCUCUGUUCCUUGUCCUUCAUAUUUGCCAUGGUUGGAAAAUGGAACCAUAGGACAUGUAUACAGAGUCUGCUUGGAUGAAGGGAUUUGGCAAACAAAGGAAAAUUCCACAGACAUUUGGCGGGAUAGUUCAGAAUGUUCGGAGAAAAAUCAUUUCAAAAAAAAAGAAGAAGAACAUAAACUACUUACCACAUUACAGCUGUUAUACACUAUAGGAUAUUACUUUUCUCUGAUCUCACUUUUAUUAGCUCUACUUAUACUUUCUUUACUCAGAAAACUUCACUGCACAAGAAACUACAUCCAUAUGAAUUUAUUUGCAUCUUUUAUCUUGCGUGCCGCAGCAGUUCUUAUAAAAGACACUGUAUACUACAAUAUUUACUCAAAGAGACCAAAUGAUGAAACUGGAUGGAUACUAUACCUCAGUCCAGAGAUUGUAAUAAUUUGCAGGACUGCCCAGUUUUUCAUGCAUUACUUUGUUGGGGCAAAUUACUUUUGGCUAUUAGUAGAAGGAAUUUAUCUGCACACAUUAUUGAUAACUGUGGUACUCUCUGAAAGACGACUUCUGCAGACAUACAUUGUGAUAGGAUGGGUUGUUCCAAUCCUGUUUGUGGGCCCUUGGGGAAUAAGCAGAUCCAAACUGGAGAACACUGGGUGCUGGGGAACAAAUGAACACAUGGGAAUCUGGUGGAUCAUCCGAGGACCAAUGUUGUUUUCCAUUACAGUUAACUUUGGCAUCUUCUUAAAAAUUCUCAGGAUGCUGAUUUCCAAACUAAAAGCUCAGCAAAUGAGCUUUCAUGACUACAAAUACAGAUUGGCAAGAUCUACGCUUGUGUUGAUUCCAUUGUUGGGGAUCCACGAGUUUGUAUUUACCUUCAUCACUGAUGAACAGGUGGAAGGACUUCCAAGACAUAUAAGACUUUUCAUUCAGCUGACAAUGAGCUCAUUUCAUGGUUUUUUGGUAGCAGUUCUGUAUUGCUUUGCUAAUGGAGAGGUGAAAGCAGAGCUCCAGAAGCAGUGGUCCCGUUUCCUGCUGGCAGAUCCCUUUGGCUGCAAACUCUGCUUUCUUGGGGAAAACAUAAAAUACCUCAGAAAAUGUUCACAGAAACGAAAAAACCAGCACUUCAGCAGCAAGCACCGCUUGUGCCUGGAGGUGAGCAAACCCUGGGGCAUGCAGCUGCAGCAGGUGCUGGUGAGGCAGAGGACAGACUUCAACCUGGAGCCCUGCUCCACACUCUCAUCCCACCCACGGACAAGCAUGUCAGACAGCAGCGAGGGAGAAGUCACCACUGGAGAGACAACUGAGGAAGUCUUUGAGGAAAGUGAGAUUUAGAAAGCUGUCCACUGGACAGCACCUGCCAACAGCCAGUGCUGUGAAAGAUCUUCUCUCACCUCCAGACUGUUCAGAGUUCUGGGAUGUGCAAUGCAAGGAGGAAGGAGUUAAUAUCCCAGAUGUUCCAGUUUUCUUAAUCUGAGAAAAAUUGUAUCUGCAUGUUGCUAACCUGUGUGGCUGGGUAGAAGAGGUCUGAAUCAAAAAAUGCUCUGAGCUGACCAGUCUGGAAGGUAGCUGAUGCUGAGAGUGAUGUGCACAGGAAAGCAGGAGGUACUCUGGAAACAAGUAGACUCUGAAUGCGCAUUGUGUCCCAGCAGCUUCAUCCAUACGACUGCCCUUUGACUCACAUAAUAAAGAAGUUGUUAAUUUUUCUUUUUCA